CCCAAAGCUUCGCUCAGGCACAGCCCAUUCCGGAGGAGAGGGGGACGCACUGCUCUGUACUUCGCCGUGUCCAUGUUGUUGUCAUCUCCGCCCCUAUCUGAUUAAAGCACACAGCCCGCCGUCAGAGGAGAGGGAUUUCUCGGCCACAGAUUCGCAAGUGGACCCGUGGAGACUCAGUUAUUCGCCUUUUUGUUUUUGCUCAUGAUGUCCUUAAAAGACAACAAGUGACACGGUUUGAGUCAAUGUUGCUGCGACUGGUGCGCUCUGCACACGCCUGGGUCAUGCUCUGCACCUGACAGCCCUUCAGAGACACUUUUGAGUUUAGACUUGAACAGGAGGAAAACUUAGCAUCGCCCGGAGAAGUUGUCCACUGCUGCGGACUCUUCGCACACGGACUGUUGUUCGCUGCUCCGAAUUGUAAAUCUUUGUUUUUUCCAGCUUUAAGCUGCACCACAGAGGCGAAACGGCGACCUCAGUCGAUUACCUUUCCUUCCUUUGCUAUCCAAUGGAUAUUCACUGCAAAGCAGACCCCUUCUCGGCGAUGCACUUGUCCCACGCAGGGCACGGCGGUGUGAACCAGCUCGGCGGGGUGUUUGUGAACGGCAGGCCCCUCCCGGACGUCGUGAGGCAGCGGAUCGUGGAGCUGGCCCACCAGGGGGUCCGGCCCUGCGACAUCUCCAGACAGCUACGGGUCAGUCACGGCUGUGUCAGCAAAAUCCUCGGCAGGUACUAUGAAACCGGCAGUAUUAAACCCGGAGUCAUUGGAGGCUCCAAACCAAAGGUUGCAACUCCGAAAGUGGUGGAUAAAAUAGCUGACUAUAAGCGCCAGAACCCAACCAUGUUCGCUUGGGAGAUAAGGGACCGACUACUGGCUGAGGCCGUCUGCGACAACGAUACCGUCCCCAGCGUUUCAUCCAUCAACAGGAUUAUCCGCACCAAAGUCCAGCAGCAAUUCCACCCGUCCCCCGACGGAUCCGUGACGCCGCUCUCCACGCCCGGCCACACCAUAGUGCCCAGCACAGCUUCUCCCCCUGUGUCCAGCGCCUCCAACGAUCCAGUAGGUUCCUACUCCAUCAACGGCAUUCUGGGUAUCCCUCGCUCCAACGGCGAGAAGAGGAAACGAGAUGAAGUUCACUGGAGUGGCAACCACAUGGAUGGAAGGAAAAUAGGACAUUAUGGCUCUGAUGGCUCAGGCCCCGGCAGCGACUCUCAGGGCAGCGUGGAGAGUUUAAGGAAGCACCUGCGGGCGGACGCCUUCACCCAGCAGCAGCUGGAGGCCCUGGACCGUGUGUUCGAACGUCCUUCUUACCCUGAUGUCUUCCCCACCCCAGAACACAUCAAACCUGAACAGGCGAAUGAAUACUCACACCCAUCCCUGAACGGCGGCCAUGAUGACGUGAAGCCGAGCCUCUCCUCCAGCGCCAGCUCUGACCUCGCCUCCAGUGUCUCCCAGAGCUACUCUGUUGUGACAGACUCUCACCCAUCAUAUCCACCUUCCAUAUGCCUAAAGCGAGAGCCCCAUGAGGCAUCAUUUGCCCCCUUCACCCCCUCCUCUACUCCCAGCUACCCUGCCCAUACCCACGGCCCCCGCUACAGCCAAUAUGCCCGCCAGCCUUUUAUAGCAGGUCGAGACAUGGCCAGUACCACCCUACCUGGCUACCCGCCUCACGUCCCCCCCACUGGGCAAGGCAGCUACCCCACCUCCACACUCGCUGGAAUGGUUCCUGGAGGGGACUUUUCUGGAAACCCUUACUCUCAUCCACAAUACACCACAUACAACGAUGGAUGGCGGUUCAGCAAUCCAGCAUUACUAAGUUCCCCUUAUUAUUAUAGUGCCGCGUCCCGUGGCUCCGCACCACCCACUGCUGCCACGGCCUACGACCGCCACUAGUUACUAUGGAGACCAUCUCAAACUGCAGGGCCAGGGAUAUGGCCUCCAUAUUGUCCAUGUCUGAGAAACACUGAGGUCAAAGGGAAGCGUGGUGGAAUCCUAAAGGAAACCCUGUGACGUUACACGAUGUGGAGGAAGGAUCGGCGAGGUCAACGCCGCUGCAUCUCGCCCAGCUUCAGCGUCACACACUUUGGGUCAAAAUGGCCUGCGGGGCGUUCAGAGCCCACCCAUCAUGCCCUCACUCUCUCAAAGGCCCGAACACUUCCAGAAUGACUUUAAGAGAUUAUAUAAAUAUAUAUAUU